GUAUAAAAUGCUGCACAUCUCUUGCACCUAGCACAAAUCGGCAACUCAGAAUAAAAUUUACUUUUGUGCGACAGUUUCUACCCUAAAGUAGCAGUUAAAUAGUAUAAGGAAUGGAAAAAACAAAGAACAGCCCCGUAUUUAAGCCGAAGAGAAGAGAUAAAAAUGAAGACCUCAACGAGGACGCGGACAGCGACGAACCGCAAAUUAAAUUCGCGCGUCUCAGUGACGACCAGUGCGAUGGUUUGCAAUUGGAAUUGAAUGCCACAUACCAGCAGAAAGAUAUUAUCAAGUGGCUGCAGACUAGCUGGGAGAAGCAGGCAGAUGCUGCGAAGGAGGAGAAUACCGGUGCACAAAUAUUUGGCGAACCUUUUCAGAUUUGCCUGAUGCCAGAUCUGGUAUUAUCGACGGAGACCACCAAGGCUCUGGUGGACGAGAUGGUCAACAAGGUGCGAUGGUCACGUAAACAGAUGGAUUUGUAUGAAUUCUACCAAAGCACAGAUCUUUCCAACAUGGCCGAGUGUCACCUGCUGACCAAAUUUUUGCAGCUACUGCGACGGCAAGUGCGUCCCUGGCUGGAGCAAGUGACCAAUCUGAAGUUAGACUACGUGUCAGCCUCCUGCUCCAUGUAUACAUGUGGCGAUUACUUACUAGUGCAUGACGACUUGCUGAAGGAUAGACAAGUUGCAUUUAUAUACUACCUCACACCGUGGGAAGGCGCCGAAGAAUGGUCGGACGAGCAAGGGGGAUGCUUAGAAAUAUUUUCUAGUGAUAACGAAGGCUUUCCGCAGUUUCCAGUUCAACGUAAAAUAGCGCCAAAAAACAAUCAGUUCGCAUUCUUCAAAGUCGGUUCACGUUCCUUUCACCAGGUGGGAGAAGUGACUACUUUCGACUACCCGCGCUUGACAAUAAAUGGCUGGUUCCAUGGCGCCACCAACGAUGCUAUCGUCGAAGAUUCGUUGCGCCCUUUUCCCCGCCUCAAUUACGUACAACCAGAUGUUAAUAAGAGACCAGCUUUAGGUAUGUUGCUUAACGAUGUGUAUUUAAAGGCGGCCACACGUCGCAGCAUUCAGAAACGUAUCGAGGACAACUCGGAGAUUUGUCUAUAUGAAUUCUUCAAGCGCGAGAAGUUUGAGCUGGCGCGUUCUCAGCUCUUAAGCGAUGAAACACUUGUCUGGCAGCGUCAAGGUCCCGCUAACUGCCACAACUACGAAGUGCUGGACCUGAGCACGGCUAGCAAAACAGUAGAGGAAUUGCUACAGCUGUUUCGGAGCAAUUCCAUGUUCGAUCUGCUGCGAGACUUUACUGACCUGGAUCUGUACGGCGCGGAUGCCAUAACACCCACAUGCAGUGUGGAACUUCAGCGUUGGUCGCACGGCAACUACACGGUGCUUGGUGAUGGUCUGAUUAGCGAGGAGAACACUCUAGAUUUGGUCUAUUACCUAAAUGCGGCUGAGGGCGCGGCGGUAAUAACUUAUCUUUCGCCUGAGGCUGAGCCACGUGCGGAGCAGAUAAACGACAGCAAUGAGCAGAUGGUUGGGGAUAGCUUCAACGGAGGGCUCGAUGGUUGUGGCGAUAAAAAUGAUGAUGACAGUGACGUUGAAGAUGUGGCAGACGAAGUCGAUGGCGACGUUGAGGAUAUCGAAACCGCUCAGGAAGAUUCAGUGCUGCUUACAAUAACGCCCGUCGACAAUGCAUUGAAUAUUGUUUAUCGUUGUGAGGGCACUACAAAAUUCACAAAGUACGUGUCGCGAAAUACGCCGUUGGAGACAGGACCCGUUUUUGUUAUAUCCUGCAGUUACAGGGAGUAGCACAGUAAUACAUUCGAGGCACAAUUUUUGUUAAACUGUCGCUGGCAAAACAAUCUACUAUACAACAUUUGUUAUUUUUACAUCUACAUUUCAAUUGAUAACGGUUGAUUGUAAAUAAUGCCGAGUAACAUGAUGGCUAAGCAAUAAGAACUUGUAGUGCAUUUCGACUAAAAUGUUUCAUAAAAUAUAUACUUUUUUUAAUUGAAUAAAUGUGCACAAGAAAAACCAA